AUGCAGGUUUUGAGCUCGUUCAGGAAGGGCUAUGGAAUACAGAAAAGACUCAUAACGGGCAUAAAAUUCCUUUCUACCACCGUAAUCGACAUUCCAAAGGCCGACAUAUAUUCUUUCGGCGCAGCAACAAGCAAAACUAGCCCAAUAUUCACCGACGUGGAAUGGCAAGUUAAAAAGGGCGAGAGCUGGGCAGUUGUAGGUGGUAAUUCUGGAGAAAAGAAUCUCCUGUUCCAGACUCUUCUAGGACACUUACGGAUAUCUCCAUAUCCGUCGGAGGGACUGUUUCCGUUUCUUCAGUCUCACCAAGAUCCCCUUUCGGCCGUCUCCAUCGUUUCUUUCACCCACCGACCGCGAUCUGGGGGUAACACGGGAUUCUAUGACUAUUCUGCACGAUAUGGAGCGGUUCAUGAAGAAGACAAGGUCACGCUUAGAGAAAGCCUUUAUGCCAGCCUAGGGGUCGUCGGGGAUCCAUUUGCAUCAACUGAGCAGCAUUUGACGCUUUCCGAGCAAGAUGAAGCAAUCUUUCAUGAACUCGCGGACAAGAUGGGCUUGUCACCCUUCAUGGAUCUACCUAUUAUCGCGUUGAGUAAUGGUCAAACCCGGCGUGCUAGGAUUCUGAAGGCAGUUUUGAGGAAGCCGAGAGUAGAGCUACUAUUAUUGGAUGAACCGUUGACUGGCUUGGACAUUCAAACUCGACCUAAACUUUUAUCCCUUUUACAUCAGCUCCACCAGUCUGGAAGGCCACGCAUCAUACUUGGUCUUCGUACCCACGACCAGAUUCCGGAGUGGGUAACAAACGUCGCGGUGGUAGGAAACCGAAGAGUUCGUGUUGGAACCCGGGAAUGUUAUCUAAAGGGUUCACUGGCGAUCGACUCGCAUAAUUACGUGGCAGGCCACCCAGAAACCCACGUACGUCGUACGAAAGAGAAGAAAGUGGGAGAGGUCAUUGUAGACAUGAAAAAUGUGCGGGUCGAAUACUCCGGUAGGCAGGUACUCAAAGAUAUUACCUGGAAAAUCCGACAAGGUGAACGAUGGCACCUCCAGGGCACCAACGGCUCUGGGAAAACCACAUUGCUCUCCAUGCUCAUGGGCGACCAUCCACAGUCGUACACUCAAACACCUAAUUGCUACGUUGCACCUGAUUCUUCAUCCUCCGUCACUGAACGUCACCUACACCUAUUCUCCCAACCGCGUCGUCUCAUCCCAACGCCUCAUCUGCAGUGUGGUUCGUUGAUCGGAGUUCUUAGCCCCGAAAUCUUUGACGCCUUUCCGCGGAGGGCAAACAUGAAGGUUUGGAACGUCAUCAGUACCGGGUUCGAUGGAGGUUACGUUCCUCGAGGCACUGUGGGAGUUGGCCUUGGUGUGAGAGGUGAAAGCAAGAGAUAUGGCCCUGCUGAGAUCCGAGAAUUUGUUGAGGGAGGAUCAGAAGAAGAAAAGUGGCGAUUUCAACGUAUGGCCGAGGUAUUAGAGGCUUUAGGACCGCGUUCUUGGGGACGCGAGGGCGAGCAGGAGAGGUUUUCCCAAAAGGCCUUCGUCGAUUUGUCUGUUGGCGAACAAAGGAUGGUUUUGCUGAUGCGUGCGUUGGUGGCCCGGCCGAAGUUGGUGUUGUUGGAUGAAGUGUGGAGCGGGAUGGACGAAGAGAUGGUUGAAGCUGCGAGGAGUUAUCUUCGGGGAGACGGCGUAGGUGACGAUCAGGCUGUCGUGGUCAUUACUCACUGGGACGGGGAGAUGCCUUGGGGAGAUGAGGACGGUUUACGAAGGUUUAGAUUGAUUGAGGGUGAGGGGAAAGAGGUUGUGUGA